UUCUGGUUUUUGCCCGUAUUUUAAGAGAGAGGCACUUUGCAUUUUCUCCUUCCAGAGCAGCCUUAAAAAGACAUACAAAAUACCUGAGUUCCACGCUUUACUCGCUCAGACAGCAAAGCGGCCUACACCCAACAACAAAUAUUUGUCACAAUCUCGUGCCUGUUAACCAAACUAACGAAGCCCCCACCCCAUUUUUCCAUGCCGUGACUCGAUUCUUUUUUUGUUCUGUCUGUCUUUCAAGACCCAAUAUCUCUCGCCUUUCGUUUUUGGAGGUUCUUAAUUCUUUUCAUGGCCCCCCACCCACCUCCUCUUCUCUUCCCUUUAGAACCUCAAUACUCUUGAAGCCUUCAUUUUCCUUACUUCCUCGUUUGUUUCUUUAAAAGGGUCGUUUGUCUCUCUGUUGGAUUUCUUUGGUUUUUUCUUAGAGGUUUCCUUUUUGCACGGUUUUCCAUUCAUCAAAAGUGAUAGCAAACGAGAUGAAGAAUGGAACCUUGCAUCAAUGCUUGGAGGAGAUGGAGGAAAAGUUGAUUCUCUCUUGAAUCUUCCAGCCAUCAUCGUCACGGUGUUCUGAUUGCAGGCAAAAGUGCAAUCCCUCCUAAUUUAUCUAGAGGUUCCUUCAAUAUUGCAUCAUUCUUUGAAACCGGCUGUUCCAUUGUGUUCCUAGUCCACCAUCAUGGCUACCAAGAUCAAAGGGAUCUACAAAGGAUUCAAAUUCAUCUCCCAAAUCUUUGUUGUGAAGGAGCGAGAGAUGGAAAUUGGGUACCCGACAGAUGUUAAACAUGUGGCACACAUUGGUUGGGAUGGCCCUUCUGGCACUGCACCCAGUUGGAUGAAUGAAUUCAAGACAGGCCCUGAUUUCACAGCAACAUCCAUCGGAAACUCCAGAGGCUCUAAUCCUACGGCUCUUUCCACAUGGUCCUCUCAAGAUUUUGAACAAUCACUGGGAUGCGAACCUGCAACACAGAUGAUAAGAGACCUGUCUUCUGCAGAUCUUCCAAAUAUUCCCAAGAAACAAAAACGGAAAAAGAAGACGACUUCCUCUCCCAAGUCUUCCUCAAAAUCUUCGCGAACAUCAAAGACCAAGGCUAUAUACACACAAUUGGGAUCAUCAACAGGCCUUGAAACUUAGAGAUCAUCAUGCAAGAUUUGUGGCUUUUGGUUUUCAACUGAUUAAAAAUCAACACGCACAGACAAGAUUGCAGAAGUUCCUUUCAAUACUCAAGAUAUUCAUGAAGACGGACAAAAAAAUGUAGGAAUUUGAGCAAAGCUUGUGUAAAUUAGAAUUCAUAUUUAAUUUACAGAAGGGUAAAAGUACAUUAGGUAGGGUUGAUAACAUGAACAAAAAGGAAUGAUCGAUAUCCAGGGAUGAGACUUAUCUAUAGAGCCAGAAGCAAAUUUUUGGUUUACAACAAGGAAUAAUCAUGCAGGGGCGUUGUGUUGUAGUUGUGUUGGUGGAAAGUUUUGCUGAUUCAGAUAAUUGGACUCGAACAAGUUUGUAAAGGAAUCUAAUCUUUUUCCUUGUUA